AUGAGUGCAUCGAAAAGAGGAAGCAACUGGACGAUUCCUGAGGACGAGGCGUUAUGCCUAGCAUGGUUGAAUACAUCACAAGACGCAAGUGUUGGCAUAAACCAACGGUCGCAAGCCAUGUACGACCGUGUUUACGGAAGUUUCCUUGAAAUCUGCACGGAAAAAUCAGUACCAGGGAACCCAGAACUUCGUGCCCCGAGUGGGAUUAAUGCUAGGUGGCAUCAUAUAAGCAAAAUGGUCAGCAAAUUCGUUGGUUGUCUGGCGCAAAUUGAAAACCGAUGUCCAAGCGGAGCUACGUCGGAAGAUUUUAUUAAACAAGCUGUUACACUGUUUGCGUUGACGGAGAAAUCAUUCUUCACGUUAAUGCACUGUUACGUGCUACUACAAAAUGCUCCGAAGUGGCUGCUGUAUCACUGCGUGAAGGCACCAGCUACCCAAAAACGAGGACAUUCGGAAACUGCUGAGUCGGCCCAAAGUGAUACCAGCAUGACUAAUGCUGAGUCUACAUCCACCAGUCGUCCGAUCGGACAGAAGGCCGCUAAGGGUCGGAAGAUUGUACUUGGAUCCGAAUAUGCUCAAGCUGGUUUAAAAAUCGCCAAAGCUGGAAGUGAACUGGCUGCAGCUGCAAAGGAAAGGCUCACCUACAGCAAGCAAAAAGCCCAAGCUUUAAGCAGGAUGGCCAAUCACACAAUCAUGUCGAUGAAUCUUGAUGGUUUGAAUGAGACUGCUCGUAAAUUUUAUUUGUUGGAACCACAAAGGGUUCUUGCCGAAACCAGACAGCAAGCCUGA